AGCAAUCAAGUUUAGUUUGCUGUGAAAAUGACACGAACACAACGCAGCGCAUAAUAAUAAUAAUAAUACAAAAUAUAUAUCUGUUACUAAGUGCAAACCAAAACUAAUGGAAAACGCGACAAUUCAUAUUUGCACGCAUUAAUUGCUGAAGUGAAUAAGCGAGUAAUGGUCAUUACUAGUCAAACGCUAUCGAUAAGUGGGCAGCUGGUGUUAAAACAAUAACAACAAGCGGAAGCAUUCCUCCGCUCAUUCGCUGUUCGCGUUUUGCACGUCGUUUUGCUUUGCUUUGCUUUGCUACUCUCGUGUGCUAAAAAUAGACGUUUAACCACCCACACCAAAAAACACACUUAAUUCGGCAACCUUAGUGGAUAUUGUGAGUUUAACUUUAACAGCGAAGCAGAUGAUGCCCAAAAUUAUUAAAAAAGGCAACAAAAAUUGCAAUAACAACAGUGAUGAGGAAUUUCUGAGCAUCCGUUGCAUUGAAUGAGUGUCCUUGGCGUUGCUGCAUGUCACGCCACGCCACAAUGUCAGAUUUUGUACCCUGCGAUUUAUGGGACGAGAUACUGACACGCCACUGGACGUUUCUUGAAACCGAGGAAAGCCCACAGAAAUUGGAGGAGCGAAAAAAGGUUGAGGCUUGCCUAAAGGAGUUUCUUUGCGUGGUGCCGCAUGAUCGCAAAUUCUUUUUGCCGGAAACGGGGCAUGUGCUGCGUAGAACUGUUUGUGAGCUAAAUGAAUUCACGGCACAGAAGGCGAUUGUUGGCUUCGAGGCCAUCAGUCAAUAUGCAAACAAUUUGUUCACCAAGCGCUGGCGCAAGGAAUUUCGCACGCUCAAAACCUACUCCGGUUCGUAUCAGCAUGAAGUGGACUCGAAUUUGAUCGAUGCUGAACGGUUGUUUCUGGCCAUGGGUUAUCGUCGUAUUGCCGAGGACACAUUUGUGCUGGAGGGACCCAUUUGUCCCGAUCAGGUGACAAAUGUCAGUCGCGAUGCAAUGGCCGCCUAUGUGGAGUGCCAAAUAAUGAAACACAUUUAUGCGGGAUUGAGUGCCGAGGGUUUCAGCUGCACCUGGCAGGAUAUAUUCCACUACCGGGAACGACACGUGGGCGGCGCAUCACAAACCAUUAAGGAAAUGGCUUAUAGACUGCUUGAGAAGCGGCUGCGCAAAGAGCAGCAACAGCAUCAGCAAUUGCAGCUCCAGCAACAGCAGCAACAACUUAACACGGAGAAUACCUACAGCAAUAUAGCACCUACACGCUGCGACAGUUGCUCAGUGGAAAAGCUGACUGCACCGCCCGCUUCCUGUGCGUUGCAUGGACCUAGCAAUAGCAAUCCGAAUAGCUGUGCGUUGCAUGCGCCCAUCCAUCAAUCAAUCCCGCCCACGAAUCUCAAUUAUAUGUAUCAGCAGCCGCAGGGCGCAUUGAUGACGCAUUCGCGCAGUUUGGAACAUUAUCAGGAGCCACAUGCUACGUUACCGCAUCGCCACUCAUUUGAUCAGCAUCCCAAAGACUGCGCUGCAUUGCAUCCACAACACGGACAUUUGUAUGAGACGCCAUACGACUGUUUGGAUGGGCUUAGUUUGGGUAGCAGCGCUUCAUAUGCAGCUGUCGCUGGCGCUUAUAAUGCGCCAGGCAAUCGCUAUCCGCUGCCCUACAACAUCUCCAGUCAGUUAAAUUCACCCUAUGCAGCGCCCCUAGAUAGCUAUGUCAAUGCGGAGCCGAGCAAUGUGAAUAUGUAUGCCAGCAUAGCCAGCAAGCCAAUGGCAACGGUGCCCCAUACCUGUGGCUACCAUGUUGCACCGCCAAGACAUCAGCCAAACACUGCUGCUACUUUAGCGGCCAUGCAGCAUAGACAGAGCACAUAUCCGCAGGAUCAUCUAAUUGACUUUGAUGAACGGGCGCAGCUGAUGCAGCAUGACUUUAAUGAUCCGCGGCUCUACGAACGAAGAGGGCAGCGUGCACAGACGGCCAAGCAUGGCAUAAUGAGUAGCACUAUGUAUGCCCAGCCGCGGGAUGCUAUGACUAUGGGAUAUGCUGGUGGCUAUGAGGUACCUCCUAUGCUGCCAACCACGUUGCCCCAGCCAACGCCGCAAGACAUGUAUGUGUAUGCACAGCCCGUGCCCAAGAGUAGUCGGAUGCGCAAUCAGGUGGAGUCGGUCGACAAACCUACGGACAGACAUCGGGAGCCAAUGAUGAAUUCACUGGACAAUAAUCGCAAAACGAUGCACAAGGAAUUGAGGGAUCGCAUGAGUCUGACCGCCGGCGCAGCAGAUGGACGGCAGCAUAUGCGGGAGCGUGAUCUGCAAAUCUCCGAUGGCACCACUAGUUACGAAUCGCCCAGCAUGGAUGACUUUACGGUUCUCAGCACCGCAUCAUCGCCGCCGUUGAUGCCUAAAGUGCAAGAGGGCGUUGGCAGUUUCGAGUCAUGGAAUUAUGUGUUCAAGAACCUUGAACGCUCUGGCUACUCCAAAGAUUUAGGUGAUCGUGAGGAUUUGCUUGUGCAGAGCUUGGAUUUGGAUUCGCUCACCUUGGCCAAUGGUGGUGCAGGUGGAUCUGCCGAUAAGCGGCGCAGCACUGAGACUCACACUCAGGCCCCUGCCGGGGCUGUGGAGAAAUCACGCACGCUGGAAAAGAAGCGUGAGCCUCGUGCCGUCCAAGCGGCAGCACCUACGCCCGCGCUGAACAGCAGCACCCCAGGGGUAAAGAAAAUAAAAUCUGCUUUAAAGACAGCCACCAUAGACAGCCGGCCAGGUGGAGGCACGCGGAGUGGAAGGAACAGUGCAACAGGCGCUGUGGCCAAGCAUCCGCCGCCUGUAUCCACUCAGGUGAUUGUGACUAGUCCCAAUGAAUGGAGCUGUCGCGUAUGCACGUUCCUGAAUCCUGAUACCAAACGCAUCUGCGAGAUGUGCUGUCACAGCAAGGAUUUCAAUCUGGAAGCGGCUGCAAACGUGUCUCAUGCAUCCUCGACCUGUGUCUAAGUUAUGCAACAAUAUGAAUAUGUUUAUAUAUAUAUGUAUUUCCGAUAUAUACAUAUGUAUGAAAGCUGUACACCACGCAAGUGAUAUAUGGAAAGAGUUUUGGAUAUAUACAACUACAUACAGAACUUAUAUAUUUUUUAUACGAAAUUCAUUGCAAAACUGCGUGCAUGUUUAUAGGAAGUUCUCUAGUCUUAUAGCAACUACGUUUUCAAUCACAAUCCCUAGCAUUUUGUAUAUAUACAUGCAUACGAACUAAAUACAUUACACAUAUGUUAUCUAUAAAUAAGUAAUAUUAUGAAUAUUAUUAUUAUCGAUUACAAUUUUAAGUUCUCGAUUAGACUUGUGUACACAUGCUUUAAUUAGAUUGUAGAUUUGUUUCCAUUUGUUGUGGGCGUCGCGGUUUUUGUUGCAAAUGAUGUGCCUACACCUGGUAUAAGACGUAUGUAUGUGUGUGAGAGAGUGUAUUUAACGCUAAGUAUAAGUAGUUACUGUAUUGUAUAGGUGUGAAUG